CGUGUGUGCAUUCAGCUAGGAGAAGAAGAAAUAAAUAAACAAUAAUAGAAGUUAAUUGGAUAGUAUUCUUUACAUUUUGUUCAUUUUUAUCGUGAAAAGUUGAAAAGGGCUGUAUGUUAACGUGCGGCAAUGUUUUUACGAUAAAUGGUUUCAGCGAUGAUGCAAAUAUUAGAUGAACGAAUGCCCCCGAAAACAAUAUUUGGGCUAACAAUGAAUACUGCUAUAACUGCAUAAUGGGCUAAAGGGAAUUGGCUGAUUAAAUUUGCUGAAGAAAAAAAAAAGAUCCGGUGGAAAGAAAAAAAGAAGGAAGUAAUGAUGCGUUUAAAAGGAAUCAAAACGUCGGCUAUUCUCGAACAGGGCACGAAACGACAACGCCGGUCAGACACAAAGCAGGAAUGUCCCAAGAAGAAAAAAGUUGAUCUGUGGAAAAAGAUUAUAUCAGUUCUGAACAAGGCAGAAUCGAAAAGGAACAGUGAAGAUGACCGGUUGUUGUUGGGCCACAAAGCCUUGGUUAAACAAAUACUCGAGCGAAGGAAGCGCCGAGUGGAGUACAAGAAACGAAUGCUGGAGACAGAAGAUAGUCCAGAAGAAAUAGAAACAAAGGCAUUAAAACUAGCGCAAGCAAUAGCAAAAUCGAACCAUUUGAUAGUUUAUACUGGAGCUGGUAUAAGUACGUCCGCAAAAAUCCCGGAUUACCGUGGAAGCCAAGGUAUCUGGACAAUGUUGUCACAGGGGAAGGAUAUAGGAGAAUAUGAUUUGUCGUUAGCGGAUCCAACAUUCACCCAUAUGGCCCUUUUUGAGCUACGCCGGAGAGGUAUUCUGAAACAUAUUGUGUCUCAAAACUGCGAUGGCUUGCAUUUAAGAUCGGGUCUGCCAAGAUUUUCCCUAUCUGAGGUUCAUGGCAAUAUGUAUGUUGAAGUGUGCAAGAACUGCAAGCCUAAUGUGGAGUACUGGCGAUUGUUUGACACGACUCAGUUGACGUCUAGGUAUCAGCACAAAACGAAUAGACGGUGUCGUAAUUGUGGAAAGUCAUUGGUGGAUACGAUUGUUCAUUUUGGCGAACGGGGACAACUCAAGUGGCCACUGAAUUGGGCUGGAGUUACUCCACAUACUGAAAAGACUGAUGCUAUUUUAUGUUUAGGUUCUAGCUUGAAAGUUCUGCGCAAGUAUAAUUGGCUAUGGGCCACAGACAGACCAAUAAAGAAGCGUCCGAAAGUUUUCAUAAUAAAUCUACAGUGGACACCAAAGGAUAAGGUGUCGUCGAUUAAAAUCAACGGCAAGUGUGACGAAGUAAUGAGACUGGUAAUGAAGCAUUUGAAUAUUGACGUUCCCGAGUAUGAUCGAUUGAAGGAUCCAAUUUUUGCUCACGCUACUUUACUGCUGCCAGAGGAGCAACACACAGCUUCUCAACCAAUGUUGAAGAAGGCAUUGAAAGACGAAGCACUCGACGAAGGAACUUCCAACGGGUUACAACAUCAAGAAUGUAAACUUGAAGGAAUCAAUAUUAAAAAAGAGAACUCGCAAUCGCCGAUCGUUCAAAAAGUUCCUUUGCUCUUAAGUCCACAUCAGUUGUACAUAAAUAAUCUGCUCAUGAAUCAACAGAUCAAUAAUAUUAAUUUAGCAUUGAACGCCACGCAGCUUAAGAACGAACUAGAUAGGGCGCCUUUCACUCCGAGCCUGCCAACGAAACUGCCCGUUCCUCCUCUGGUACCUUGCUCUUCAAACGGAUUCAGACCCAUUAGCCCUCCAUGCAGAGCAAUGCUGUUCAGCCAGCCAAAUCUGCGUUCACCUGCUCCCAUGAACGUUAUCAAAAUUGAUACCGCUUCUACUGUAUUCGGAAAUUUACGUCAAAUGUUAAACUCAAUGGAUGAGCUUCAAUCCACUAGUCCACAAAUAGACGCGAGCAGUAGUCCUCCCACAAACAAGAUACAGAUACUCAUGAAACCUGCCUUUCCAUCGGUUGCAGAGGUACCGAAAUUGAUUCCCCUGAAGCCAAUGGAAACAAGUAGUAAUAAAGAUUGCAGCAGAGAAACGAAGCCUGCACUAAUUUGUGGAGAGGUCACAUCGCCGCGAGAUACGAAAAACGAAAUGAAACAUAAACCAACGACGGAAGAAUAUAUCAAUCCAACUGCGUCAUCCAUAUUUGUCGAUCCAGUGAAAGUGAGCGAAAGUUUGCCAGAAUGCAUUUUGCAGGAGGAUUACAAUGGGAAAGAUCAACCGGUGUGUCUCAGCAGGGUGAUCGAAAGACAACACAAAAUUGAUAGCACUGAAAACAUUGAUAGGGUGGGAAAUGACACUAGAUCAACCAACCAAAUGCCUAUUGAUAGUCCUCUUGGAUGCGAGAGAGAUGAAGCGCCCUUGACCAUAAAAAAUAGGGAACCGAACGAAAUGCGGCACAGUGAUAAACACAUCAUUGGAAAUGAUAACAGUUUGCCAUCAAAACUCAUCGGCAACGAGAGUGGAAACGUUGAGAACAAAUUGUCAAACAAUUCCUCGAAUAAGACGAACUCUCAGCACCUUCGGCCGUUGACGGAAUCAUUUGAUUCCCUUGUACCUACACCGACACCACUUCCGCAGCCAGAAUUUUGCCAACCACCGAACACGGUGAAAGUAGUACUAAGUCACAGUACAGUAUUCAAUCUGUAUGAAAGUACCCCGAAGUUCAUGGGCGGUUGCCCUCCUGCACUGGCGCUAAUCAGUCCGACCAAACUUCAGCUGUCAGCAAACAACGCAAUCGGCAUACAACCCGUUAUUGGUGGCAUUCCGGCUAGAAUACUCAGUGAUAGCAAUAGCAAGAAUGUCAAUCAUCUGGAUGGGAAACUUAUUGGAUCAAAUCGAAUCAUCCUUAGUGGACAGCCUCCGAUUCGGCCUCGAAUGCUAUUACCACAGAGAGCGUCAAAUUUCCAUCUGCAAAACACAAACCCAGAACAUCCAACCAAUCAGACAUUGAAUCAUGUCGAACGGCAAGUUAAAGCUGACAAUAUUAAUCCAAAUGAUGUUGCUCCAAUAGUGUCCCAGACGGUUAAACCAAUCAUCUCUCCGCCAAUUUCCAACGGGGUGCUUACACGACCACCAUUGAUUAUGAAUGGACCCAUUCCACCUCAGCUGAUGAUAGGUGGUAUUCCAACGAUAGUAACCUCUAAUUUAUGUGGUCCUAAUGUACCGAAAGCCGUACAAGUGAAUCCAGCUCAAAGGUUCCCAAUAGCGUAUGUCCUGAACAGUGGAAUUCCAAAUCAGACUGGAAACAUUGUUCUGCUGACGUCGCCACCAAGACCUGUAACUCAAGCAAAAGUUCUUGCUAACAGUGUGGUUUCUCUUCCAACGGGUAAGCUAACCGCAAAUCACCCUAUUCCUCAUUGGACCCUAUCAACUCCGAAUUCGGAACCAACGAAAAAAUCUGAAGCAAAAACAAAUGACGAAAUAUCACCACCAGUGCACAGAGCAAUUCCCCCCAACAAACUGGGGAAUGAAAAUGUUCCCUUAAUAACGGAGCCCGAGGAAUCGGAUAAAAAUCCAAAUAACGAGUCGGCACAGAUAAACAAUACCGACACAAGUGCAGACAAGACAUCGCCGAUCCAUCCAACUGAAGGAGGUCGUCAGCGUAGUUUUCGCAUCCGCAAAAAGACCGAUUUUUUAAACAUUAAGCACCCCGAGAAAAAGCGAACACGUAAAGAACCGAAGGAAACUAUCGAAACGACGCCAGAAAAAAGCGACACAAUGCGGGACAGCAGAGCAGAGACACCCAGUAAACAUGAAGAGAAGGAAGAAGGGAACGAGAUGAGACAUGUUCUAAACAACCCCAUCAUACAAACAUUUCUUAUAUCGCCGAAUAAUGUUCAUGGGCUGAGGACGUCACCGACAGUGUCGCCAGUGUCUAAUGUGCCGUUUAAAAGCAUACUAACCUUCAGUCCACCGGGAAGUUACAUCCAACAAUACGUCACCCCAGGACAAAGCGUUGAUGCUAACGCCGCAGAGGAGAAGAUGAAGCGCAUCCUCAGCUACUGCAACAUGUUUCAGGCGCCACUGGCGGCCACUGGUGGCCUGCCUCGUUGGAACGAUGUGAACUACGCGUACUCGGGACUGCACAGCAUAAUCCAUCCACCGCCGCCGAACGCGAAUCUGUGGGGAGCUGGCGGAUCACCGGUAAAGCACGAAAUAAAAGUCGAGUGUAAGUUUUGCUUCGAGAACUAUCGCCUGUAUAGCUGCCAGUUCUACGUACCCCAGUCGGCAGAAUUUUCGGUCAAAUCGAGUCGUCGGGGUCGGCUGGUGGUGUGUGAAUGUUGCGACUUCUCCGAGGAAGAAGAUGAAACAGACGACAGGAAGGAGGAUGUUAAACCGAAAGUGGACGAGUGUGAGUUCAAAGAGGAAAGUGGCCCUCUGCCGUCGACUUCCAAAGAGGAGAUCAAAACCGAAAUAAAUUUGGAUAACGACGAAGAUAAAACAACAGAAAAGAUAGAAAAUAGACAGAUGGAUGGAAACUUAGAUCAACAGAAGCCACAGAACGUCGUAAAUGAUUUAUGCUCGCCAAAUAAGGAUAACACAAGCAAUAGACCCGUCAAAAAGUCCCGUGUGAAACCGGGUUGGUAUGGGAAGGGAUACGGUAAGCUAAGGAAAAAGAAGAAGCGAUUUUGUUGAAAGUAACCGGAAUUAUUGGUUUCUAAUUUCAUUCUGCAUUUCAAUUUCGUAUCCUAGGCAUUUUGUUUGCUAAGUUUGAUCAUUUCUUCAUUGAAUGGUUUUAUGGUAUAAUAGUGAGGACAAGUCGUUCAAAACGAUCCCACAAUCCCACCAGUGCAGUCAUUUUUUUCAGUACAUUGAUUUAAAUAUUUGCUGUUAGGCUGAGGACAAGAUAUUUUAGUAUAUAAUUGCGUCGCAUUUGCUCUCCUCCCACCUGAUAGCCUCACUCAAACUUGAGAGUAUUACUUUCUUCAUUAAAUGCGGAACAAUUAAAAUGGUGUUCCGAAAGUGUAAACAACUGUGGCCCUUCUAAAAUUUUACAGAAAUAAAUCAGAUCUCAUUAGAUCUUUACUAGAUCUACAACUUUAUGCAUAUGUAACUAUUAGAAAGAUGUAUAAUUUUGAUCCAAACCACUAGAACGUACUAUUUCAUAUAUUAUCAGCUUGUCCGGUUGUUUCUACGUUUCGACGACUUUCGCUUACCGAUAUUAAACAACGUAAUACGUAACGUGAUAAACGAAGAAAAAAAGUUUAUUCUAAGAUGUGUUCAAAAACCUCCAGGAACGAAAUUCAAACUCGAGGUAUUUGCUGGUGAGAAUUGUUUGGAACAAAGAGUAUUUAGAGUGUGUGUACAGUAAAGUUAGUAAUUAGAUAUGUAGCAAAGUAACGGUUCGCAUUUUGCUUACGUGUACUUCGGCCAGCGACGUUUUAAUGAGUAAAGCAUGUGAAAAAUACAGUUGUCUAAAUAGAAAAAUAUCCGAAAGAAUCCGCGAUAAAUUACUUUAAGAAUCAUUCAAGGUUGUGUAAGCUAGAAGUGGCGGCAUUAAACAGUUGGAGUAGCACUUCAAACGGUUCCCGGAAUAAAACGCUGCCGAAAACGACUGGAACAGAAACGACCACUCAGAAAAAGUAGGCUAGAAAUAUUGUGGCGCGGUAUUGU